AGAGCAGUAUUACAGAGAUGCCAUGGAGCAGUGUCACAGUUACAACGCGCGUCUGUGUGCUGAGCGCAGCAUCCUCAUGCCUUUCCUGGACUCUCAGACUGGGGUCGCCCAGUCCAACUGUUACAUCUGGAUGGAGAAGAGACACCGGAGUGCAGGUGUAGCUCCGGGGCAGCUCUACACCUACCCAGCCCGUCGCUGGAGGAAGAAGCGGCGUUCACAUCCCCCUGAGGACCCUCGCUUGGCUUUCCCUCCUCUCAAAGCAGCAGAGUUGGAACUGGGUAUAAAGCGUGACACAUUGGGCGCUGUGGAUGGCAGCAGCUUGGAGGCCCUGUUGAAAGGGGAGCCCCUCGACAGGAGGAGUGGGGUGUCAGCCCCCCUUGGCCCUGAGGAUGACCCAGCCACCGUGGAGCCUCCUGCCACAUCCACGGCCACUCACACGUCCUCCGGGCGCAUUCGCAAGAGAGUCCUGGACCACGAUGACUACUUGGAUGACCUGGACGAUGAAGACUUUGAGGAUGAGACUCCCAAGAGACGAGGGAAGAGCAAGUCCAAGGGUCGCAGUGACAAGAACGGCAAGAAGAAAAUGGAGGCUGCAGCUGCAGCACUGGAGGAGAGAGACAAACCUUAUGCCUGCGACAUCUGUGGGAAGCGCUACAAGAACCGUCCCGGCCUGAGCUACCACUAUACACACUCUCAUCUGGCCGAGGAGGAGGGCGAGGACCGCGAGGAGAUCGAGGCACCACCCACUCCUCGCCAGCCUGAGGAGCAGAAGACUACCAAGAAGGGUCCCAAUGGACUGGCGCUGCCCAACGAUUACUGUGAUUUCUGUCUGGGCGACUCCACCAUGAACCAGAAGACUGGCCAAUCAGAAGAGCUGGUAUCCUGCUCAGACUGUGGACGCUCAGGCCACCCGACAUGCCUGCAGUUCACACCCGUGAUGAUGGCAGCGGUGAAGACAUACCGCUGGCAGUGCAUUGAGUGCAAGUGCUGCAAUGUUUGCGGCACUUCAGAGAAUGACGACCAGCUGCUGUUCUGUGAUGACUGUGACCGAGGCUACCACAUGUACUGUUUAAGUCCCCCCAUGACUGAACCUCCUGAGGGGAGCUGGAGCUGCCACCUGUGUCUGGCUCUGCUGAAGGACAAAGCCUCCAUAUACCAGCAGAACCAGGGCUCCGCCCCCGAGUGACAUCACAUCAGUAAAUCGGACCCCGUCAGCAACGGGACCCCACACCCCCCGAUUGAAAAACAUCCGACCUCUCAGUCCGGAGCUGCAGGCUCUGUCCAGAUGUAGCUGAGCCAGAUCGCAGACCAGCUUCAGAAGCCUUCAUAUCUACAGCGUCAACGGGGAGAAACGCAAAACCAAAACAGACCUCAGAUCAGUCAAGAUGGGGAUCAAACCGCCACUAACCUGCCUACAAAGUCAAUGCAGCUUGCCGUAAAACACACACACACACACACGCACAGACACACACACACACACACACACACACACACACACACACACACGCACACACACAUGCACACACACAUGCACACACACACGAGACAGAGAGCAUGAAGUAACCAUAGUAACUGCUGUCUCCAUGGGAGCUCCCAGGAGCAAACGGAUUGGCAUCACACGCUAAUUAUCUGCACCCUGUCACCCACACUCAAAGACACAGUGUGGACUGUCAAGAUGGUUUUUUUUUUUGCCAAAAUUAUCUAUUUUUAUUCCCUGAAUGUGGGAAAAAGACAAAUUCACCAUGUGUAUUGUCCAGGAUUAUUCUUAUUAUUGUCAUUAUUAUUAUUGUUCUUGUUGUAGUGGACUCGUGUGGUGGCGUUUGUCCGUGGACUUCUGUCUGAUUCAUCGCAUUGGUCAUCUUUUGAAGAGGUUCCCUGAAGGGAUCCGCUCAGUGCCAAGGUCCAUCAUAUGAAAAUACACACGUCACACAGAAAGUCGUCACUAUCACCAAGGGUUUAGCCUUGUGUUUCAUUUUAAUUCAGCAGGACGAUGACUUUGACUUGUUAAAGCUCUUAGCACAAAACUUCGGGCCUCGCUACUUUAGGGUUUUUGCUGCGAAACCAACCUUUUAUCGCUGAUUCUGUUACUGGAUCUAUGAGUUAGUUAAACCGAACGCUAGAGAGCUGAGCAUGUAAUGUAGGUGGGCCUCCUUAGAUACAACACAUUUUAGUAUAAUGUCAUUUUUCAAACUUUUCUCUCCAUCAGACAAAGCUAAAAUUCUCUUAUUUUGAAUAACCCGAGUCAGAAACUGAUAGCAGAUCCAUGUUUUUAGCCAACACACAAGACUCGUGACCAUGAAGUUGCAUCCGUUUCUCAAAGAUGUUUUUGUGGUAGCUUUCUAGAAACAGUUCGACAGUGACAUCGUCCUUCACCAGUGAUUGUAAACAGCUGCUGUCAGAGUGACGACACACAGAACCAUUAACCAACUGUAGCUGCUUUUAUCAUUUGUCACACUGAGGCAGAUUUGCAUGCAGACUGCACCUGUACGAAUGCGCACACACUCACAUCACAAGUGGUUUUUGUCAUAUUGUUUGUAACUUUUUUUUUUUACAUUUUAUAUUACCUGAUAAUCCAUUGGUAUUGGGAGUUUUUCUAGUAGAAUUUUGUAAAGUCUAUCGUAUAGCAAACACUUCAAGUAUAUAGCUCCUAAUACAUUCUAUGUACUGUAUUGACUUUUUAUAUUUUUGUUAUGACUGUGACAUGUUUGAAUUUAUUUGAUUAUUCUGAAAUGUCAGACCUCCAUUAUGAGUAUUUGUAAAAUUAUGUACUUUGUUGUACUAUUUUUAUUUUUACAUUUAUUUGGUAUGAAAGCCAAUUUAGCCUGACUGAAAUAAAAAUCACUUUGAA